GAGGUGCUGCGCCGUGCUCCGAGUUCCCUCUUGACUCUCCGAACUUAAAAUAAUAAAAAAAGUGUAUGAAGGAACAUCUGAUAUCUAGAAAAAAAAAUCAUAUACCUACUAGAAGUGAAGACAAAACUUGAAGAAAUACAAGAAAACUAAUAUUUCACAGCCGCUGCGGGAGCUAGGGUAGACUAACCUAUAUUAUUUAUACUUCACAUUUUCCCUCUCAGUGCUCCCUUGAGGAAAGUUAACAUCGGAAAACUAGAAAAAGGGACCAAAAACAUAACAACUAACUGAAAACACGAAAAAAAGUGAAAGGAAAGAGGAAGGGGGAAGCAACCUUGAAAGAACAGACAAUAAAUAAUAAACCCAAAAAGCAGCCUUAGACCCUAGUAAUUAAAUAAGAAAACACUGAAGUGAGGUGAAAAUCAAGGCAAGGUAGACUGUGGAGGGAGAAAAAAGAAGAAAAACGAGUGAAAAGUGAGAGGAAGGGAGGGGGGACAUUACUAAAAACAAUAAAAACUUGAACCUUAACCAACAUAGAACCACAACUAGUAAGGAAACAAAACCCUGAACUGAGGUGAGAAUUAAGGCCGGGGAGGCAGUGUGGAGGGAGAAAAGAAGAAAAAAACUGUGAAAAGUGAGAGGCGGGGAGGGGUGGUACCCUAGGAAAGACAAAACAGACUUAAAACCUUAAUCAACCUAGAACUACUAAUAUUAAUAAGCCAAAACGUUUGAACUAAGACUGGGGAGGCUGUGUGGAGGGAGGAAAAUAAGGAAAAGAGUGGGAAAAGAGGAGAGGCGCGCAAGAACACCAUGUACAAGGUCCCCCAUGGGCCCAACAGGAUCAUCAGGACUAGGCGAGAUUUGAGCCAGAAGUUGGAAAAUUUGGAUCAGAACCGAGAAGUGUCGAGGCGGACUAGUGAGGAGGCAGCUGUGAUGAGUUCCCCGCGGCCAGUGUUUCAACCCAUGGGCGGGGGCGGGAAGGGAGGCCGCCCCAGCAACGGCCGCUCCCCGCCCCACGACACCAUCACGCCCCAACACGAAGAGCUGAUUCGCUUUUUCCACGACUCCUGGGGAAGGGUGUGUAAAGAAAUGGAGAUGGGCAAGCAGAAUGGACAUGACGGGAGAGCUCCAAUACUUGCAGGAAACGUCAUAACCUACUACCAGGAGAAGAAUGAACACCCAGCACUACAAGACUUCAAGCCCUUUGAUCUGGAGGCCUGGUGGGGCAAGAGGAUCUACCAGAACCUGACUCAGUCCACCUAAGACACCCACCCAUGGCAGCGCCAGUUCUCUGCUGCUGCUACAUUGAAGAAUCUACACUCCUCCCUCCCUCUGUUCUCUUUCUUUUUUCAUUAUUAUUUUUUACCUAACACUUCAUGGCUAGCUCAAGAGGGUGUGUUGGUGUGCGUGGCCACUGUCCGCCACACCCACACCCCAACGGCUACGUGAUGGAAGUCUCUCCUGAGGUGGGACUUGGGCGUGAGUGUUGCCGCUGCUGCACCACUGCCUCCCAUCCUGCUGUGUUGUGAGGGGCAGCGUGAGGGGUGUAGAAGACGUAGUGGGUGGAAGAGCCCAGGUAUUUGUGAUUUGUACCUCCCAUUUGGAGUCAUUGGUUAAGGGCGUAGUAAACUUUUGUAAAAAUUUGCUAACAGCACGCUAAGAAGAGCCAUUUUGCAUGAGGGGGAUGAAAAAAAUGUGAUUUAUAAAAGUAGUUUUCCCAGGCCUUUGCUGGGGAAUAGUCUUAGAGAAAAAGUAGGUGAAGUGAGUUACUUACAAUAGCAUUCCAAAGCGGAAAAAAAAGUAACUUAGUUGAUUGGAAAGGCCGACGGUGAUGCCUUGCUGGACACUUUUCACUUCUGCCUCGCGUUCAGUUCCGGUGAAGGAGGCAGGCAGGGGCGAGGGUUGUGAUGAGUGUCCCGUGCAACAUUGCCGGCGGAUUGUAGUCUGUAGACUUAGCAGCCAGGCAAGACAACAAGGGUAUUUAGUAUUUCUAAACUUAAAUACUUCACAAUGCAAAAAAAAAAUACCGAAAAAAAUAAAUACUUCCAAGCUAAAGUGAUCUCCCAGUUUUUAUUGGGGAGUUUUCAAGGACUCAAGAAGUGUGGCAGGCCUGUUAGGAAGUGUCCUCUUAAGCUACUUGCUAUGCAGUACAAAACCAACAACAAUACUACCGUUGCCACAAGAAUGACAACAAAAAACAAAACAAAAAAAAAUAGAACUGGCUCUUGAAAAACCAGCUAUAAUUUUUUAGACUUUCCACACAAAAAAUGCAUCAUCUGGUUGGAGCUUCAUGACCCCAGCAUCACAUUUAGUGCCGAGUCUGUGUCCCUCAGUCUGGUAAUCAUGCUUGUGGGUUAGGGUGUUGCCUUUUGCAGCUCCUCUCCCUCUUGAACAAGGCACAAAUGUUUUUAAUGCGUCGGGUUUUUCACCGCAGUGUUCCACGUAACAUAUUAUUUGGAGGUGCAGUGAGAUGUUUUAAGAUGUACUCAUGUCAGUCGUUCUGUUUCUCAUCGGUGCUACUGACACAUUUUUUAGCCACUUUACACAUAUUAUGCAUUUAGUGUUUUACAAGACAUUUUAAGGUGUAUUUUAGUUUGAUGUACACAUUUUAGCCUCCUUUUUUAUCUAUUUUAAAGACAAAGAAGCUGUAGAUGCUGUUUUAUGUUCACUCAUCUCUAUUGUACCUGAAUGGACAGACCGAGACAUGGAGUGAUAGCAAUUUUGAAACCGUUGCUGAGGCUCUACUGAAUUAUUAUGCAGUGAAGGCAAUUGUGUUUGACUAGUUUGCAAGGGUUAUGAAAUCAAUUACAUUUUCUUGAACAGUGGGUUAUAGCAUAGACUUAACUCAAAAACUCGGAACACCAAACAGAGGCUCAAUCUACAUGCGUUCACACCUUGGCUUAUUUUAACAAAUUUUGACGAAAGCUGUUCAUUCAGGCAUGACAUAGGUGGGUGAUUGUGUGUGCAGUUUCUCUCUCAUUUUAUAAAGUACAGUAGAUCUUAAGUAGCGUUAGGUGCAGCCGUGUGUAGGAAAUGAAGCAGUGUUGAUUUUUAUUUAGGAGGGUGUCGUGAAGCGCCAACCACAAUGCUACCCGUGUCAGGCACCUCCCUGUCGAGUGUCAGUUGGGUGAAGGGGUCAUCUCCCUCAGGAACUAAACGCCUCAUCGUAUACACACCUUGCUGAUGCCGCCUCCUCCCACUCAAAAAAAAAUACUUGUCGAGGCUUGUCGAUGUUUUCCUCCCUCUGACCUUCCCAGCCAUCCACCUUGGGUAUGUUUGGCCGUUCGUACACACUAUGCCAACUGGUGCCCAUAUCAGGGAAAUCAACUAUUCCAGAAGACUGAACAGAGCUAUAAGAGUUAACUACUGGCCAGCGAAUGUUCAUCACUCGUUGGCAAUAUUUACUUUUAUAUCUCAAGUCAGUCAUCCAAGCAGUUUCUUUCCCGAGCUGAGCAGCGAUUGGAUAGAUGCAUAUGAGUCGGUAAACAUGACCUACACAGUAUUUUUAUAGCAGUGUUACAAGCGCCAAGUGAGGGGCAGUUCCUCGGGGGUAUGACCUGAUCGUUUAGUCUGUGAUAUUAUUUUGUUUCUGUGUGUGGGGCAACUCACAUCGAGACAAAGUAUUUUGAACCAAUCUUGAUGCUGGAUAUAUUUGACCUGACAUAGUUUGUACAAAUAAACAAUGAAAAUGUG